AUGUUGGGGAUUCACUCCACUUUGGCCCAGGCAUUCCAGCAAGCACAGCAAGCACAGCCGAUGCAGAUGCUCAACGUGUACAGCCCGGGCGUGUCGGCGGUGGACCUCUUUGCCCAGGACCCUGGCCAAGUAGGUCCGCUAGGACCUCGUGCUGUUGGGCCAGUGACGUUGGAUCCACUCAGCAUAUCUGCAAGAACCUCCAUUGAAGACACAGACUUCGGAUUUCUCAAGGAAAACCCAGACUUCGGAUUGCGCAAGGCGGCUUGGGUGCUGAAAUUGCAGUGUGAGCAGUGCGAUCUGGAAGAGAACCCAGCUUAA